AUGGAGUUAUUGUUACGAAACCCUAUUCAACGAUCGUUACGUUCGACGUCUCGGUUCAUUAAUAUAAAUACUUUUAGGAAAUGUCAUUAUAAUAAACUAAUAUUCAGAAAUAAUAACCUUUUAAAUGAGAAUGCUGCUAUACGACCCACUUCUCUGUUAAUAAAUACCCUCCAUGGGAACAGGCUCUCAAGAUCGUUUCAUUCCAUUUCAUAUUUGAAUGCUAAGGAUAAUGCAUUAUAUAGGAAACGAAAGAGUGAGAAAAACGAAUUGUUAAGGAAUACCACCAAUAUAUUUACUAGAAUGAAGAUUCAUAUGAGAUGGUUUUUGAAAAAAUCAACAAAUCCAUUUAAUGUAGAUGAUAUUGGAGCUCUAAUAUCAUGGAUUGUAGUGAGUCAUGUCCUUGUGUUUAUUAUUUGGACCACAACAUUCGUGUCUUUGAUCAUAUAUUUAAUGAACACUGUGUUUGCACAAGAAUAUUUGGCCAAAAAAAUUGGUAAAUUGAUUACAAGUAAUAAUAAUUUAACUGUAGUGUUUGAAAAUGCUAUUGUUCCAAGUUGGUCUGCUGGGAAGAUUACCUUCAGUAAAGUAUUCGUCUCUAGGAGACCGUAUGGUGAAGAUGAUACCUUCAAUAAAGGUUCUCAACAGGAUGCGAUGCAAAGAGCUACCCUAGCCUUAAGUGAGGAUCUUUUGGUCAGUAGAGAUGAUUUCGAAGAUGGGAACUAUACACAAUAUGAUUUGACUAUCGAAGAAGUUCAAAUAUCAGUUAGUUUUACUAAAUGGAUAAAUGGGAAAGGUUUUAUAGAUGAAGUGUCCAUUAAUGGUCUAAGAGGUGUUGUAGAUAGAACACAUUUAGUAUGGAAACCUAAUGAUGAUCCAAGAAACUAUAGAAAUAUAUAUCACGUUGGUGAUUUGGAGAUUGCAAAAUUUAUAAUGAAUGAUGUUCUAGUAACAUUAUAUCAACCUAACGGAUUUAGACCAUUUCAAGUGAGUGUCUUCAAUUGUGAAUUACCACAAUUGAGGAAACAUUGGUUGUUUUUCGAUCUCUUAAACGCAAAUAGUAUCAGUGGCACGUACGAUAAUUCAAUGUUUACUAUUCAUAGAAAGAUUAGAUUCAAUAAAGAUGAUUCCAAGUCAAGGAUCGUUACACAAUUAAGAAUAGAUAACCUAGAUAUAGAUCAUCUUAAUGCAAGUAUGGAGGGUCCCUUUGGAUGGAUUGCUGAGGGGUCAGUCGAUAUGGUUGCAGAUAUUUUCUUACCCGAUGAGCACACUGAUUCGUUUGCAUUAUCUGAAUUAAUUACAGAUGUCAGUAACAAGAUUUUAAACAGAAUAGACUCAGACUCCCAACAUUCUCAAGAGGAAGAAAUAAUUAGUACAAAAAAUCUAAAGAAAUUGGAUUAUAAGAAAUUAGAUCCUAAUCAAUAUUUUGUAAUGGAUUUUUUCUUAAAACUAAACAAUGUUAGGGCUGAGGUUCCCUUAUUUACAUCAGAAUUGACCUAUACGAACAAUGCCUUGAUAAGGCCCAUUGUUGCAUAUAUGAAUUCACGAAGAACGUAUAUCCCAAUAAAAUGUAUGGUCGUGAAGGAUAAGUCUGAUUUUGAAGGCUGUUGGACCAUCUAUGACUCGUAUCUGAUGAAUGAUUUGAGUGACGAGGUCUAUGAUGCUUUUGCUAACUAUGUUUCAGACGAGCAAAGACGGUCGAUCCGCGUAAAGAAAGUAACUUUUUGGUCAUUGCAACUACUGCUACAAUUGAUCCUGAUGGGAUUAGGUGCAAUAGCAUAA